AUGAUUAUCCUGAUCUAUUUUCCUAUAAAUCAACAAAACGAAGUAUUCGUAAUUGAUUUUACUUGUGGCUCCAGUGACAAAAAUUUGUGUGAAAAAGCAAAGAAUGCAUUUGCAUCAGCCGGCCAGAGAAUUGCAUCGGUUAUUCAAUUUAAUACACCUGUAAAAGUAAAUGCAACCUUUACUGCAUUAGGACCCCUCGUUCUUGGCCAAGCGUUACCCGCUCGAACAAUUCCAUUAAAAGACCAUGACGGGAUAAUCAGACUUUACCCUCAAGCUCUAGUAAAACAGAUGCAAUUUCCUUCGCAUCCCGAAUUUAAUACUUACGACAUUACAGCAUUAUUUAGUUCCACAGCAGAUGUAUACUUUAAAGAAGAUACAACGAUACAACAAAAUCAAGCCGAUUUUGAAUAUAUUAUCACUCAUGAAUUUAUUCACGGUCUAGGAUUUCUUUCUAAUUGGAACGAGUAUUUUCUUCCCGAUUUUUUAUCGUUAACCCCCAGUCCAGUGUUUCUUAACGAUAUUACAGAUCCAAGCAAACCAAUAAAUUAUACUGGUUUCACCGAAGCGGCCUUUGAUAGAUACAUGAUGUUGAAUCAAGGAACUUACAACACAACCAUGACAGCCCUAGCGCAAAAUAUAAGCAAUUUUGCACCAAUAGGAACGGAAUACGCUUCAUUAAAUGUAUUUGAAAAUGCAUUCAUUAGUUCUCCUGAAUCAUAUAUAGCUGGAAAUCUAUCGCUUGCGACUAUAACCCCGUACACAAUGGGAUUUAUGACACAUGAUUCUUCUUUGGUUGUUCUUGAGACAAAAUUAAAUCCAUUUUUUUCGGGCUCGAGUAUUGAUCACGUGGACACAUACUAUGCAAAUACUUCGGAUUUUAUAAUGAUAUAUGUAUCUCUACCCGGUAUCCGCCUUGAUGAUCUUGAUAAGAAAUAUGGUGGAGUAAUAGGUCCCUACAUAACCAAGAUUUUAGAAACUUUAGGGUUCGUGUGA